AUGAUUCAUAUUACAAAAGAUAGAUUACUUUGUUUUGAUAAGGAGGAAUUGGUGGCAUUAGUUUUAGAGCUAAGGGAUAAUAUAAGUAGUAUUUUAAAAGAAAGAGACACCUGGAUAUCGGCAAAUCCUCUGAAAACUAAUUCAAAUUUAAAUGAAGAUAAAAAACAAGAAACUGCAGAGUAUACAAAUGUAUUUCCAAGAGUAUGUGAUAUAGUGGGUUCACAUAGCUCAAAUAAUAUAUGUAAAAGACACUUUGAACUGACGAUUGUAAAGAAUGAGGUCUCAAUUUGUCAUGAUUUAGGACAAAAUUUUAAAUACCACAAUCAAAUUUAUGAUGAAUCUAACAGUUCUAAUUUGUCAGAAAGAUAUGGAGAAAAAUUGAAUGGUAUUAAGAAUUUGAAUACCUCAAAUAUUGGGUCUUCUUCUAAAGUCAUUUGUAAAGUACCUCCAGCUAUACCGAAAACAAAUAAUAUACCUAUUGGUAAGGCAUUACCACCACCACCAUCUAUAAGUAAAGCUUCGUUUAUGAAGAAUCAGGUUAUGACUUCAAGUAAUAAAUUUAUUAAUUUAAAAGGUGGUAACAUAAAUAAUCCACUUAAAAAGAAAGGUACAAGAAGUUCCUUAGAAUGGGGUUGUAUUAGGGAGGAUUUUCUAAGAUAUGAUGAUAUAGUAGAAUCUAAUUCUAUAGGUGAAUAUUUUUCGGAAUUUAAGAAUAAGGUACAGAGCAUACUAAAUGAUGAAUCAGGUAUUAUACAUGGAGAACAAAAGAUUGAAGUAUUAGCUUCUUCUGUAUUUUCUGUAUCAGUGGAUAUUCCAAAUAUAUCAGAGGAAAUGAUUGAUGAGUGGUUUAUUAGGGAAAUAAAAACAGAAGAUUUGUGGAUUAGUGGAGAUGUUAAUAAUGAAUUAAAGGAAUCUUUGAAUAAUAAUAAGAAUAACUUUAGCAAUACAAAUCGAAUAUUACCUGUAAAUUUAGAUAAUUUCGAGGAUGUUAAUGAGAGGAAUAGUGUUUUUGAUUCAAAAACAAGUAGAAUGUUGCAAAUAACAAUAAAUUAUUUUAAAAAGAAAUAUCCAAAACAUGAAAAGAAAGGGUUAAAUUCAUUUAAAAAUUCGAUCUUAUUAUGCACACUAGAUAAAGAAGGAAUGAAUUUAUUGUUAGAAACUGUUCCAGAUCCAACUGAAAAUCCUGUUAAAUAUGAGACUUGGAAGGACUGUGUAACACAAGUAAUUAAAUUUCAUAAUGACAAUCCAAAUAUUCCUCUACUUGAAGAAGAGGAAUUUGUAUAUUUUUUAUCAUUAAUACCUAAUUUGCCACAUAGACUUGAGUGUAUGAUUUUGAAGACAUCAUUUGAUCAAUUAUAUAGUGAGUCUUAUAAAUGGAUACAAGAAAAAGGUGCUGGCUUAGAUCUUUUAUUACAUCAUAGGAAGUUACCUCUGUUAUUUCAAACAAUUGUUAAGUCUCGCAAUAUAUUUAAUGAGAAAUUAGAUAAAAUAAAUAAUAAUAAUAAAUUAAAAUUGACUGAUAAGGAAGAUUUGGAUAGCAAGAAAUCUACAGUCAAAUAUAUCCCUAUUUCAUCACUGAAAAAUUUGCAAAAUAUUAAAGUUGCAAAUAAGAAGGGUAAAACAUUGUUACAUUUUAUUGCAUCUAUUUUAGGUGAAUUAUUUACUAGUGAAGAGGUAUCUAUUCUAAAGAAGUCAUCAGAAAGAAAUAUAUCAUCUAUAUAUACAGUUGCAACAGAUUUGAUUUUUUCAUGGUUAGAAUUAAGUGGGAGUACUGACCAAAGUUUAUUACUUAAUAUGUUAUGCAAGGGACAUAGUGAUAAGUUUAAGGAGAUAAUGAGUAGUUUUUAUAGUGAGAAAUAUGACCAAAUGGUGUCACUUUGUUAUAUAUUUAGGCAAUUACUACAAAAGUAUAUUGCUUCAUGCUAUUACUUUAGUGAUAUACAUACUUUUUUACCACUAAAUAAUAAGAAUAUUAAAAAAUCUGAUAUAACUUUGGUUUUUGUGGAUUUUUUGGAUAAUUACAAUCAAGUACUUAAAGAUCUUGAUAAAGAGAAUUGUACACCACCAAAGCAGCUAGAUAAUAAUUUCGGUAUACAAUCACCAAUAAAAAGAAAAUCUAUAAAGAAUCAAAAAAAGAUGACAUCUAAGUCGAAUAAUGAGGAUCAUGUUAAUUUGCUUGAUAUCUCGAAAUUUUCAGCAUUAAAGUCUACAAAACCAUCUUCUAUAAGAGAUCUUAUUCCAAAUUCAGUAAUUGCAGAGCUAAAUCUGAAGCCUAUGUUUAAUAAAAAAAAAAGUGGUCUAGAUAAAUUGGGAAGUUCAAAAGAAAAUGAUGAGCAAGUAUUUGUUAAUAAAGAAGUGGAUAAUACAGAUUCUCCAAUAGCAGAAAUGUGUAAUAUAAAGAAUAAGGACGAUUCAUUUAAGCAAGAUUUGGAAAAUAUUGACUUUAUAAAUAGUGUUAAUGAAGUAACUAUGCAUCAUAAUCCUAGACUUCCAAAUAUAAUGCCUUGUCCAAUUAAAUGUUCAAAUAAAUAUAUUAAAAAUACUGACUAUAAUGUUGAAUUGUCAAAUGAGGCUAAGUUGAUAUUAUCAGAGGAUAAUAAAGGAGAUAUGAGUGAUAAUUUAGAAGAUAACGUUAAUUCUAAACAUUUAUACCUAGUCAAUAAAGAAGAAGAUGGAAAUAUUCAAAUUGAGGAAAAUAAGGCAUUGAAUAACAAUAGACUGAGUGAUUUAUUGGACUUUGAUUCUAACUCUAAUUCUGACCAUGACGAUACUGCCACUGUUGCAUUAUCAUCACCUUCAAGUACUAGAUUAUUAGAUAUAAUGAAUAUAGUUCCAAAGGAAGAAACCUUAGAUCAUUCACCUAUUAAGAAUCAAGUAUUUAAUCGUCGUCAAUCAAUUCUUAGGAUCUGUCAAUUGGCUACACUUUUAGAUAUGAAUCAGACAGAAUUAAAUAUAAAUAAUACUGAAAAUGUCGGAAGAUUUACUUUACCUUUUAAAAGUAUACGAAAUCAGACGAAAGUGGUAAAUAACUUCGAUAAGUCUGUGAAUAUUUUGGAAGAGGUACCAGAAACAAAUUCUAACAGUGAACUAGAGAAUGAUGAAGAUUACACAUGUGUACUGUCAGACAUACCAAUGUUUAACAAAGGUGAGUAUAGUGUCACUCCACUGGAAACACUUCCUUCAAGCAAUAAUUACACAUCACCAAAAACAUACAUUCAAGCUUCUAGAAGCCGCUUAGGAGGUGCAAUACCUCCCAAUAUCUAA